GAGAGAGAGAGAGAGAGAGAGAGAGAGGGGAACAUCUGGGGUAGCUCCAGUUUUUCUUCUUUAACCACACCCACAGGCGCAUUUCUCAACAAUGCGCUUCUCUACCUGUCUAGGGAACCAAAUAUGUGCGUUAAAGGACUAAAACGACAUUAAAGCGGUAAGAAAUUCCGCGGAAAUAUAUGUAAGCGCGUCUUUCAACUAGUAAUGGACUAAUACUUCUUUUGGUUUGAAGAUAAACUACUAUCAGCAAGAGAGGAUUUCCAGAGAAGAGGUAUUUGACUGCUAGCCAAGGACAUGGACUGGAAGACCUUCCAAGCCCUCCUCAGUGGGGUGAACAAAUACUCCACGGCGUUCGGGCGUGUUUGGUUGUCUGUGGUGUUUGUGUUCAGGGUGAUGGUGUACGUUGUGGCAGCGGAGCGAGUGUGGGGCGACGAGCAGAAGGACUUUGACUGUAACACCAAGCAGCCCGGCUGCGCCAACGUCUGCUAUGACCACUUCUUUCCCAUCUCCCAUAUCCGCCUGUGGGCCCUGCAGCUCAUCUUUGUCACCUGCCCGUCCUUCAUGGUGGUCAUGCACGUGGCAUACCGUGACGACCGCGAGCGCAAGUACAAAGCAAAGCAUGGAAACAAUAGCAAGCUGUACAACAACACAGGCAAGAAACACGGCGGCUUGUGGUGGACCUAUCUGAUCAGCCUCUUCGUAAAGACAGGCAUCGAGGUCGCCUUCCUCUACAUCCUCCACCACAUCUACGACAGCUUCUACCUGCCGAGACUGGUCAAGUGCGGUGUGAAACCUUGCCCCAACCUGGUGGACUGCUACAUUGGCCACCCCACCGAGAAGAAGGUCUUCAGCUACUUCAUGGUCGGAGCUUCGGGCCUUUGCAUUGUCCUGAACAUCUGCGAGAUCAUUUAUCUUGUCUCCAAGCGCAUAGCGCGAAUUGCGAACAAGCUCAAUAGGCAAAAACGCCAAAUUGCUGUGAGUCACAACGACCACAAUGAGGAGCCCUUUGACAACAGCAUCGACACUAUGCCAACGCUGAGCAAAAAGGAACAGCCUCCAUCCUUUAGAAGUGCAGUUAAGUCUUCCCACAGGCCACCUGGACUCAAACUUGAAGAGAAGAUACGAGCCUCUGCUCCUGAUCUGUCAUUUUUGUGAGCCAAAGAUCAGGCUGAAAUCAAGAGAUCAGCAGUGCCUGACCUAAUACCCAUUGACAAUCCUCAGAAAACAGAGUCAGAACUAUGAGCCAAAUAUCCGUAUGAGUCAGACCCUGGAAGUUGAGUCAUCAGUACUGGAAUCAUUCCGUGGGCCCCUGUGUCCACAUCUAAGACUCUUUUUGAGCGCGAUCACUUUGGUUUCCAAGUCAACAUCCACAAUAUUUAUAAGUCAGCUAUAGCCAAAUUGAUUUGUUAAUAAUUCUUUUUCUUUUUCUUUUUUAAUACAAUAAAGGUCUGUGUGCCUUUU